UUUCCCGUUUCAAAUUUACCCAUAUAUUGUGUGAGUCACAGGCUUAAACUCCUUCUUGAAUUUUGGUCCGCCAUCUUGGAUUCUUUGGUCUCGAGUUAGUGAACUGCCGACAGGAUGGAAAUUCGUCAACCAUUACAAAGGUAACAACAAAUCGGCUUGAUAUCAUAUGUCUCAUUAUAGGAGGCUGUUCAGCUUCAUAUUUGGCCACUUUCAAUGGUCAAGAGAUUAUACGAAGGCUUCGUGGUUCCCAAAAUCAAUGGAGUCUUCGUGUGCAGUUGCUAUGCACCUCCAAGGUGGUCGGAUGAAGAGUACAACAGGAUACUGGAUGCACUCACGAACAGGCUGGUCGGGCAGAAGCCGGUAGUUAUCAGAGGCGAUUUCAACGCUUGGGCCGUGGAAUGGGUAGUAGGCUCACCAAUGCAAGAGGGUACUGUAGCAUAAGAUAGCGGUGCGCCAGAAUAAAUGUAUAAACGAUUAAAUUUGAUGUUUCAAUGAGAUUCCAAUAGAAAGAUGAAAAAUACCCAGUCGAAAAGGGAAAGGCGGAGUUAUUUUCCCGUAAUACUUCUUCUUCGUUGUGGUUUUUCCGCCGUUGCAUUUCAUUUGGUGUUCCCCUUCGCUACUUCCCCUAUGUUGAUUCUGAUUGGCUGUCGCAUUGACUGCAAAUCUUAGCCUGCUUCACCUAUAUAAAGUGAGGCUAUCGCUCGGACGGGCUCAUUAUACAGUCGAACGCUGAAGACGACACAGCAUCAUCGCGACAUAACAGCAGCAGCAGCAAAAGCAAACACAUCCCGGAAUUUUCCUGCACCGGCUCGCGUGAGGCAGCACAGCAGAAUCAUCGCGGCGAAACAGUGCCCGCGCCGACGACGCGACAGGAGCAGUAACUCAAACCGAACGAGCAGAGCAGUAGUAGCCCGCCAGAUAGCUACAUUUUGUAGUAUUAACUGCCUGGCAAAACAGCAACGAUCCGCCGACGGCAGCAGGCUUGAGAAUGCUGGGCAACGGUAGUCCUAGCGGAACGUCCGGCUUCGACAAUGGCGCAGCUGGUAGCGGUGCCGAGUCUCCGGAGCACGUUUUAAGGAUUUCCAGACCGACGAAAACACAACUCAGAGCAGAGUUGAAGGCAGUGAAGGCAGAAUUAGAAAGGACCCGAAUGGAAAAGGAAGAACUGAGUCGCAUCUUAGCGAGUAUGGACGAUGACGAAAACGAGUUCGGUGAGGCUAGGACCAGCACGAUGCGUGAAGACUGCAGUCCCGAACCACGUGAAACUCCAGUCACAGCAAAUGAGACGUUGCUGCUGACGAUGACAAACAUGUCACUGAGCAGCCUCAACAUUCCCGAAUGCGUACCAACUGCAGGCGAGACUGAACUUAACAAACGCGAUUACGACCACUGGAAGAACGUUGUGAACGCAUCGCUGAACCUCAUCCAAGCAGUCGAUGAAUCGGUUAAGAUGGAUUUGUUCCGCAUCAAAGCAGGGCCACUGCUACUCGAGCUGCUGGAAGGAACUACAACGCAGCCAGGAAUGCCAAAUGAGGAACAAUCACCAUACUCGAACGCAAUAGCUCGGCUGGAUGCCCAUUUCGGUUCGCGUGCGUACAUGUUGUCGCAACGGAACAAGUUGGCUAACAUGGUUCAGAAAGGUGGUGAGCCAAACAUUCAGUUCGUGAAAAGAGUGGCGGCGGCAGCGAAACUCUGCACGUAUAAAACAGAUGAGGAAUUCGAAGCUGUUUCUCGCACAUUGACCAGGGGAUCAACCGAUGGUCGCGUGAGGACUCUCGCAUGUCGGGUGUUGACCGACGGAGGCUCCCUAAAUGAACUGAUCGAUCAAGUGCGCUUACGGGAAGUGGAAUUAGACAACGAAAAGGACUACCAGAGACUGCAUCAGCAGCGAUCUGCAACCGUGGCAGCAAUCUCACGCCAUCCGGAUGAACUGGUUCAGCGUCGACAUGGUCCAACGGCACCAUCCAGAGGAUACAACGGCGGUCGUGGAAGAACUUUUGCUGGCCGUGAUCCAACGAGAAAUCAGAGAUUCCCUCAAUCAUGCUGGAGAUGUUUGAGCACAUACCACGCAGCAGAAGCCUGUUUCCACGCUGACAAGGUUUGUCGCAGGUGCAACCGGCGGGGACAUAUUGCCCGAGCUUGUUCAACUCAGGUGAAACAGGAACCGCGUAAACGGCGCUGGGAAGGAGAGGAGCAAGAGCCUCCUACAAAGAUUGCGUUGGUCCAAAAAGUGGAAGACGAUGUGGAAGACGUUAAGAUGGCAGAAGUCUCAAAAAUCGACGAACGGAGCAUUGACAAAAUCGGAUCAGACGUAAAAGAAGAUAGGGCUGCAUACGUUGAGGCGUGUGUGGCUGGCAUUAAGGUCCAAUUCUUCAUUGACUCCGGUGCACAGGUCAACACAAUAACGUCGGAGUCUUUCAACGUCAUUCUUCAGGACAAAACUGCAAAACAAAACUUGUACGAGCUUACGUAUGGAUCAGAUAAACCUCUACGGGCGUAUGCAUCACCGGGAAACAUCGAUGUGGUUGCAACCUUCUCGGCGGAACUUUUUGUGUCAGACGAACGCCCAGUAACUAUCGAAAAGUUUUACGUGGUGCGUGAAUCAAGGGCGCUUUUGGGAUUCAAUACCGCCAUCCGUUACAGUUUGUUGGCAGUAGGCCUAGAUGUACCUGUUAACAGAGAUACAGUCCCAGAUUGGCGAUGUGAAUUUGCGGUACAUAGCGUAGAAACGGCCUCUCAAUUCCCCAAAUUCAAUGUUCCUGCGGUGAAGCUAAGCUAUGAUACUUCUAUAGCACCAUCGAGAAAUGUUUACACACACAUUCCGGCCGCAUUCAAGGAACUGACUAGGCAAAAGCUGAAGGACCUGCAGGAUACUGGUAUCAUCGAGAAAGUUACCUCCCAAAUGGAUAGAAGUUUCUGCUCUUCCUUGUUGGUAAUUCCAAAAGGAAAAUCGGACAUCAGACUUGUUGUUGAUCUUCGUGGUCCUAACAAGUGUAUCAACAGAACGCCUUUUAGGAUGCCGACAUUCGAAUCGAUCCUGUUACAGCUGCAUGGAGCCAAGUUCUUCUCAACGAUCGAUUUAAGGAAUGCAUUCUUUCACAUUGAACUCGAUGAGAGUUCAAGGCAUCUCACGAACUUUUUCGCCGGCGAAGCACUCUACAGAUGCUGCCGAUUACCCUUCGGACUUACGAAUGCGCCGGAUAUCUUUCAGGAGGUGAUGGAAACGGUGAUUCUCACAGAAUGCGAAGGAACUGUCAAUUAUCUCGAUGACGUAAUGGUGUUCGGGAAAACGAAAGAGGAACAUGAUCGAAACCUCGGAAAAGUACUGAAACGACUUGAAGACCAUAAUGUGAGAAUCAACAAUGAGAAAUGUGCCUUUGGAAAGGAAUCAGUCAGAUUCCUGGGCUUCCAAGUAUCGGACGAAGGUUGGCAAGUCGAAAAUGAGAAAAUCGGAGCAAUCAAGGAUGCACGCAGGCCCGAGUCUACUGCAGAGGUGAAAAGUUUCUUGGGACUUGUUACUUUUAUCGACAGAUUCAUUCCCCGGAGGGCUGACAAGACACGUCACUUACGAGAUCUAUCUAAGUCGCAGGAAUUUUACUGGAAUCAGGACCUAGAAGACGAGUUUCAGUAUCUAAAGUCUGAGGCAUGGAAGCAAAUCAAAACCUUGGGAUAUUUCAAGCGUGAUGACGAAACAGAGCUAUUUGUGGAUGCUUCCCCUUAUGGACUAGGGGCAGUUCUAGUCCAAUAUGACGCUGAGUCCAAACCUCGAAUCAUCUCUUGUGCAUCGAAAGCGUUGACACCAGCUGAGAAGAAAUACCCACAAACCCAGAAGGAAGCUCUGGCAAUGGUGUGGGGCGUAGAGCGAUUCUCGAUUUAUCUCAUGAACACAGCUUUCGUCAUUCGAACGGAUGCGGAGUCAAAUGAAUUUAUUUUCGGUGGUUUGCACAGAAUCGGCAAGAGAGCCGUUUCACGAGCCGAAGCGUGGGCACUGCGACUUCAGCCUUAUAACUUUAAGGUUGUACGGGUACCAGGUGAAAUGAACAUGGCCGAUGCGCUAUCUCGAUUAGUGUCAGAGUCACAACCAACGGAAUCGUUCGAUGAGUCCAACGAGAAACAUCUACUGUACUUUCUGGACACUGGUACAAUGGAAUUCACCUGGGAGGACAUCGAGUUUGAAGCCGAGAAAGACGAUGAGCAAAUUAUGGUUCGUGAGGCAAUCAGGAAUGAUUACUGGGAUAGAAGUCUGAAGCGAUACGAAUCGGAGGCGAAGAAUUUGCGUAUCCUUGGCAGCCUUAUCUUUUUGAACGACAGAGUGAUACUCCCCUACGCCCUUCGCGAAAGAGCGCUGAACUCGGCUCACCAAGGGCAUAUGGGCAUUGCGUCAAUGAAGAAAGUGUUGAGAACUUAUUUUUGGUGGCCAUCCAUGGCCAAGCAGGUAGACACGUUCGUGAAAGGCUGUGAAACAUGUUUCCGUCUGUCCAGGAAAAACCCGCCGAUCCCACUAACCAGUCGUGAGCUACCCGAUGGCCCAUGGGAAAUCCUUCAGCUGGACUUCUUCACAUUCAACGGCUGUGGUUCUGGUGAAUUUCUCGUUGUGGUGGAUACUUAUUCGCGGUAUCUACAUGUCAUAGAAAUGAAGACCACGGAUGCCGAUAGCACCAACGCAGCUCUGAGCAGGAUCUUUGAGACAUGGGGAUAUCCGCUUGCUCUCCACAGUGACAACGGUCCGCCUUUCCAAAGCGAAAAAUUUGUCAAGACCUGGGAGGAUAGAGGAGUAAGAAUCAGAAAAUCAAUUCCCCUAAGCGCUCAAUCGAAUGGAGCUGUGGAACGGCAGAAUAAGGGAUUGAAGGACGCAUUGACCGCUGCCAAGCUAGAUAACGUCAGCUGGCGAGGAGCCUUGGAAAGGUACUUGCACAUGCAUAACAAGGUGCGACCAUUAUCACGCCUUGGUAUCACACCGUUUGAACUGCUCGUAGGCUGGAGAUUCAGAGGAACCUUUCCAUUUUUAUGGGAAACCUUGCCGACCGACCAAGUUGACCGGACGGAUGUUCGCGAGAAGGACGCUGUAACUAAGCUAGACAGUAAACACUAUGCAGAUUCCCAUCGAGGAGCCGAGGAAUCCAGUAUUUCUGUCGGUGAUAGGGUUCUUCUGGCGCAAAAUUCAAAGCAGAAAGGUGAACCGACGUUUUCAGGAGAUCGUUACACUGUUUUGACGCGAGAUGGAGCAAAAGUCGUAGUCCAGAGUGACAGAGGCGUACAGUAUUCGAGAAAUGUACAGGACGUGAAGAAAAUUCCUAUUAUGCUGCGCGGGAAUAGUAACACAGAUUCAGCAAGUACACCCGAUUUUCCUCCUGAAACGGAAUUCCCUGAUGUUUCCACGGAGUCCAUGCCAGAACAUGUAGCUGAACCAGCUAGACCGAAACGUAUAAGACAGAAACCUUUCCAUUUCAAUGAUAUGAUUUUGUAUUGCAUUUAUGAUUGA